GUGACUAUAAGGAACCAACGAUUCUCGAUUCUUAAACAACCUAUCUUCUCCACACUGAAUCAGCAUUUGAUAGAUUAUCCAACCCCGAGCAAUCUUAGUUAUUGGUGGGGGUUCGGUCCGUUAGCUGGUAUUUGUUUAGUCAUUCAGAUAGUGACUGGCGUUUUUUUAGCUAUGCAUUACACACCUCAUGUGGAUCUAGCUUUCAACAGCGUAGAACACAUUAUGAGAGAUGUUGAAGGGGGCUGGUUGCUCCGUUAUAUGCAUGCUAAUGGGGCAAGUAUGUUUCUCAUUGUGGUUUACCUUCAUCUUUUUCGUGGUCUAUAUCAUGCGAGUUAUAGCAGUCCUAGGGAAUUUGUUCGGUGUAUCGGAGUUGUAAUCUUACUAUUAAUGAUUGUAACAGCUUUUAUAGGAUACGUACCACCUUGGGGUCAGAUGAGCUUUUGGGGGGCUACAGUCAUUACAAGCUUAGCUAGCGCUAUACCUGUAGUAGGAGAUACCAUAGUGACUUGGCUUUGGGGUGGUUUCUCCGUGGACAAUGCCACCUUAAAUCGUUUUUUUAGUCUUCAUCAUUUACUCCCCUUUCUUUUAGUAGGCGCCAGUCUUCUUCAUCUGGCCGCAUUGCAUCAAUAUGGAUCAAAUAAUCCAUUGGGGGUACAUUCAGAGAUGGAUAAAAUUGCUUCUUACCCUUAUUUUUAUGUAAAGGAUCUAGUAGGUUGGGUAGCUUUUGCUAUCUUUUCUUCCAUUUUUAUUUUUUAUGCUCCUAAUGUUUUGGGGCAUCCCGACAAUUAUAUACCUGCUAAUCCGAUGCCCACCCCGCCUCAUAUUGUACCGGAAUGGUAUUUCCUACCGAUCCAUGCCAUUCUUCGUAGUAUACCUGACAAAGCGGGAGGUGUAGCCGCAAUAGCACCAGUUUUUAUAUGUCUGUUGGCUUUACCUUUUUUUAAAAGUAUGUAUGUACGUAGUUCAAGUUUUCGCCCGAUUCACCAAGGAAUAUUUUGGUUGCUUUUGGCGGAUCGCUUACUACUAGGUUGGAUCGGAUGUCAACCUGUGGAGGCACCAUUUGUGACUAUUGGACAAAUCUCUCCUUUUGUUUUCUUCUUGUUCUUUGCCAUAACGCCCAUUCUGGGACGAGUUGGAAGAGGAAUUCCUAAUUUUUACACAGAAAAUGAAAACAGAUCAAAUGAUUACCAGUAG